CACUUCACAGAGUCGUCUCCGGACAUCUGUGUCACAACCAUUUACACAUUCGUACGAGCUCCAUAAAUUACUCCAAUAAUAUACAUAUAUUCUAUAUUUUCCGGCACUUUUGUAACAUUUUAGUAAUUUCCUUUUUAUAAAUUUUCCUCCCACGAAGCGUGAAACAUGCCCCUGUUCCGGCUGCUCUUUUGUCAGGAGCAGAUGGCCCGCGAUCUGUAUGAGAACUGGUUAAUUAUAUUUAUUGGCAUGUUUGUCCGCUGGAAUCGUUUGCACCAACUGGAGCUGCCCUGGGCAAGUGCUCAGCCAUUCCUGGAUGGCUCUGACUAUCGCCUGGCGGAGGUGUUCUUCGGCUGCGGCCUCCUGGCCUUCCUUUUGCCAUUUCGUUGCUAUUGGGUCCGGAGGUGCCGGCACCGCUUUCAGCUAAUGAUGCUGGCCACCGAGGUGGUCAUACUGCUGCGGAUCGUGGAGUUCAACGAUAAUGUGGUGUGGCAGCCCUUCCUGGCCAUUUAUCGGGACAUGUUUGAGGUAGUUGGUAGGAGUGACUAUCGGAUCUUUGGCUAUGUGCCCGGCUUGGCUGCCUGGCUGGCGGAUGGCAGAGCCUACGAGUCCUUUCAGCUGCUAGUCUCCUUUGGCUUUUUCGUGGCCGGCUUUAAUAUUGCCGCUGAAGGGUGGAUCCGGACCGUGGAUCUACUGCUGCUUGGCAAUGAGCCGAAGAAUCCGGGUACAGUCUGGAGGCGGCACUAUCGCCAGUUCAAGAGCCAGGGCAGAUGCUUCAUUAGCUCUCCGCCGAAGCCCAGGCCGGACCUUCUCAUGUACCGGCGCCUGUGCAGGGCCUGUAUCCAGGAAGCUGCUAUGACCUUCGAUGCUGAUCUAUAAACAGAUUUCAAGAGAUCUCUGCCAGAUAUCAAGACUUGAGACUUAACCCAUGAAAAUACACAAAAAAAAAUCUUCAAUUGAGUAACCUUUAAAGGCCUGUUGGAGUUCUUGUUUAAUGAUUAGAUAAAUUCCCUGAGAGUAAAGCCCAACUAA